GGUACUACCAGUGUGCCCUAAAAACACAAAAAGGAGGCAGCUCCACCCAGCUCCCCUGGGCUCCAGGCACUCACAGGCUCAGCUGAGCACCUUCGAGCUGCCCCUGGCACCCAAGUGGGACUGGCCUGAGAGGCCCUGACCCAGGAACAUCAGCCCACGCCAGCCCCCAGCCUCCAGAGCCCAAUCACAGCAGCACCCUGGGCUUGCCCACACCCUCGGGCACAAUCCCACAAGUCCCUUGGGACCUGUCCUCAUGUGGGGAGGGAGCUGGAUGCCCUGCAGGGUUUGUGCAGUCUGCCAGCUGCACCCCAGAAUCCCAGAGGAGCAGGUGCCCUGCAACCCAAACUGAGGCCCCAAGGGAGACAUGCUUCACCCCCACCUUGUCCAUCACCCUCCCUCCUGCAGGAGUGGCUGCGCAAGUUUGGCUACCUGCCUCCCGCAGACCCCGAAGCCACACGGCCCCCAACCCCAGAGCUCUCCAGCGCCAUCUCCUCCAUGCAGCGCUUCGGAGGCCUGGAGCCCACAGGCCUACUGGAUGAGGCCACCCUGGUGCUGAUGAGAACCCCACGCUGCUCCCUACCCGAUGUCCCUGCGGUGACUCCCACUCGCAGGCGGCGCCAGGCUCCGGCCCCUGUUCGGUGGAACAAGAGGAUCUUGUCCUGGAGGGUCCGAACAUUCCCAAGGGACUCGCAGCUGGGCCGUGACACGGUGCGUGCGCUCAUGUACUACGCGCUCAAGGUCUGGAGUGACAUUGCCCCCCUGGAUUUCCACGAGGUGGCGGGCAACAUGGCCGACAUCCAGGUUGACUUCUCCCGGGCGGCCCACGAUGACCGCUUCCCCUUUGAUGGCCCAGGGGGCACCCUGGCACAUGCCUUCCUGCCCGGGGACAACGGGGCCGCAGGGGACACACACUUUGAUGACGAUGAGAUCUGGACCUUCCGAUCCUCUGAUGCUCAUGGGAUGGACCUGUUCGCUGUGGCUGUCCAUGAGUUCGGCCAUGCCAUUGGCCUGAGCCACGUGGCAGCCAUGAACUCCGUCAUGCAGCCCUACUACCAGGGCCCCGUAGGCGACCCACUGCGCUUCCGUCUGCCCUACGAGGACCGGGUGCGCGUGUGGCAGCUGUACGGUAUGCGCGAGUCUGUGUCUCUCAUGGCACAGCCAGAUGCCCCAGAUCCCUCCCUCCUGCCAGAGCCCCCCAACAACCGCUCCAGCACCCUGCCUCACUGGGACGCACCACCCAGGUGCAACGCACACUUCGAUGCAGUAGCCCAGAUUCGUGGAGAAGCUUUCUUCUUCAAAGGCAGGUACUUCUGGCGGCUGACUCGGGACGGGCAUCUGGUGUCGCUGCAGCCGGCCCAUCUGCACCGCUUCUGGCGGGGACUCCCUCUGCACCUGGACAGCGUGGACGCCGUGUAUGAGCGACUGCUUGACCACAAGAUCGUCUUCUUCAAAGGCGGCAGAUACUGGGUGUUCAAGGACAAUAAUGCGGAGGAAGGGUUCCCACGGCCCGUCUCCGACUUCGGCCUCCCCGCCGACGGCAUCGACGCUGCACUCUCCCGGCCGCCCGGUGACAAGACUUAUUUCUUUAAGGACCAGCUGUACUGGUGCUUUGACGAGCACACGCGCCGCCUGGACCCCGGUCACCCCGCCCCAAGCCCCCUGUGGACGGGGCUCCCCAGCACCCUUGAUGCUGCCAUGCACUGGUCUGACGGUGCCUCCUACUUUUUCCACGGCAGCAACUACUGGAAGGUGCUGGAUGGAGAGGAGGAGGCAGCGCCUGGGUUUCCCCAGCUCACGGCCCGGGACUGGCUGGUGUGUGAGAAGCUGCCAGCCCAGCCUGAGGGCACAGACCGGGCACCUGCCCCACCAGCCCGACAGGGCCGCAGCCAUGCUGAGGACGGCUUUGAGGUCUGCUCCUGCACCUCCCGGGGAUCCCAGGGCCCACUACUGGCCUCUGCACUGCUGUUGAUGCUGCCGCUGCUGCUACUGCUAUUGCCAAUGUCUGGUACUGUCACCCAGGCCCUGGCUCCAAGCCCUCUGCCGCCACGGGACCAGGAUGUGACUGUCACCCCAGAGAUUGGAACCAGGGGUCUCCAGGUGUCCACUGAGUCUUAGGGGCAGUCUCUGGAGUGGACAGUCUGCCUGGUAGACUGUGGGCCACGGGCAGGGCCCAAGGAGGGUUGAACAGCUACCCUGAACUUUGAAGCCAGGAUAGAGUCUCGCAGGAGAGGUGGCACCCACAGAAACAGACUUUGUCAGGACCCUAAGCUUCCUCCCUCCACCUCCCAGGUGCUGCAUCUACUGUGGGAUCCCAAAACGAACAAGGCUUCUAAGAAGCCGUUGGUCUCAGCUCCGCCCCAGGACACCCCUGCCCUAGGUCCUCCAGGAGGGUGAGCAACUUGGGGAGGGCCAGUCUCAGGAAGGGCCUGACUGGGGCAGCCCCCACACCCUCAGGCCCAGAUUCUGGGCCACUCGCAUUCUGGCCACCCUCAGUGACACUCCCCACGUUGGCUGCUGGGGACGGAGGGAAACUGAGGCUGGAGUGAACUGUCAGACAGAACCAGGCCUCCAGCUGCUCGAUGGUCCUCCUCAUCAGCUGUGUGGGACCCAUCCACAAGACCAGCUUCAGCGUGGAGGCCUCGCUGUGUGUUCUGAUAAAAUGUCGCCCCGU